ACGCUUCGUAAAAAUUUUCAUCCAACAUGUAGCCUGCCUUUUCGUUCCACAGGUGCAAUUUACAAUGUGUAUCACUCUCUAGAUAAGCUCCACGAGGGAAGGGAGUAAGUCUGCCUUUCCCUGAAACCUGGUAAAAUGCCAGGCACAUAGUAGAUGUUCAAUAAUAUUUUGUUGAGGGAAUUAAAUGGCUGCAAUCUGAAUUUCCUGUCCACCAAGGGAAACCAAGCUUAAGGUUGUGAAACACGAGGCCCCUAGUAUGGGCGGGGAGCAGUUGUGGAGAGCAAGGCCAAUUAUGUCUAUUCGGACUCAAAAUAGUUUCUAAUAAGGCAUCUUGGGGUGGGGGAUUCUCUCCCCACGAGACUCCAGAAUUUCAGUAGAGGGUUUUCAAGGUCUGGUUGAAAGUUGGGUCUUGAAGCUGUAUUUGCACAGAACUACACUAAUUUUACUUAGAGUGCCUAUUAGAUGUAGCUUGGAGAUUAUAAGCUGCCACUAAGGAACCACUCCAAGUUAUCCCUUUGACCCCAGUCCUGUAGCGGGGAAUCUCCUUAAGCUCGGAGUCCCCGCCUGCACUACAAAGCCCGCCGAAGGGCGUAAGGGCUCCAGUCCCGCUUGGAGUAAGGAAAAACAUGCUCCAGGAGGGGCAGGUGGAGACGCUUCCUUUGAUAGGUAUUUAAGUGUCCACGGUAAAGGCUCAGGAGUUUAUAAGGCUAGCAAGGUUGGGGAAUCCCAACAAACGGCGGGGCGCUGCUGAAGCUCGCUCCGUCCGUCCGUCCGUCCGUCCGUCCAUCAUCCAUCCAUCAUCCAUCCAUCAUCCAUCCCUCCAUCCAUCCAUCCAAUCCAUCCUUUACUGAGCGUAUCAAGCCGCCAACCAGACCCUGGGAGGAAGAGAGGAUGGUUCCCGACAGCUAGGGCUGCUCCUUGGCUUUUAGAGGUAUCUACCAUUUCCAAAACCUUUUGAGACCCCAUUAUCCCGUUUGUUGAAGGAGGAGUCUGUCGUGGGCGUUCCAGAUAAGAUAGCUGAGAUUCGGAAGGGCAGACGACUCCAGCAAGUCAUCGGGACGCCCUUUUUGACGCUCCUGGGACCGCAGGGUCUGGGAAGGUUCCUGGUUACCGUGGCAACCAGCCGGCAGUCACGUGACGCGGGAGGCCGGGCGGAACGUCUAAGAGGCUUCCGUAGUCGGGCGGCCGGUCACGUGCCGAGGGCUUCCCCGCGGGGACCCCCCUCCACCCCGGCUCCCGCGUCACAUGACCGGCUUUAAGCAACAUGGCGGCUGCCCUGGUGCGGGGCCAGGGCUGAGCGACAGCGACUGCAGCGGCCUCCUAUCCCGGGUGACGGGUGGCCUCAACGUGGGAUCGUGCCCUCUUCAGCCCGUCCUGUCUCCGACAUCACGUGUAUUCUGCAGGUUCCCUCCGCGCUGUGUGUCUACUGAAACGGGGAGGCGUGACAAGGUCCCCCGCUCCCUUCCCAGUCGUGCUCUGUGCUUCAGGGCAAGCUACCCGUCUCCGGGCGCACUUCCCUUGCCUGGGUUCCGUCCAUCCUCCUUUCUCCAGCCUCCUCCCCUCGCAGGUGGGAUCGUCGGUGGGACCGGAGCGCGGGCGGGCGCGGCGCCCUGGGACCAUGGCCGGGUCCGACACCGCGCCCUUCCUCAGCCAGGCGGAUGACCCGGACGACGGGCCGGUGCCUGGCACCCCGGGGUUGCCAGGGUCCACGGGGAACUCCAAGUCCGAGGAGCCCGAGGUCCUGGACCGGGAGGGGCUGCAGCGCAUCACCGGCCUAUCUCCGGGCCAUUCGGCUCUUAUAGUGGGGGUGCUGUGUUACAUCAACCUCCUGAACUACAUGGACCGCUUCACCGUGGCUGGUGUCCUUCCUGACAUCGAGCAGUUCUUCGACAUCGGGGACAGUAGCUCUGGGCUCAUCCAGACCGUGUUCAUCUCCAGUUACAUGGUGUUGGCACCUGUGUUUGGCUACCUGGGUGACAGGUACAAUCGGAAGUAUCUCAUGUGCGGGGGCAUUGCCUUCUGGUCCCUGGUGACACUGGGGUCAUCCUUCAUCCCCAGAGAGCGUUUCUGGCUGCUCCUCCUGACCCGGGGCCUGGUGGGGGUCGGGGAGGCCAGUUACUCCACCAUCGCGCCCACCCUCAUUGCCGACCUCUUCGUGGCCGACCAGCGGAGCCGGAUGCUCAGCGUCUUCUAUUUUGCCAUUCCGGUGGGAAGUGGUCUGGGCUACAUUGCGGGCUCCAAAGUGAAGGAUGUGGCUGGGGACUGGCACUGGGCCCUGAGGGUGACACCGGGUCUAGGAGUGGUGGCCGUUCUGCUGCUGUUCCUGGUAGUGCGUGAGCCACCAAGGGGAGCCGUGGAGCGCCACUCUGAUUCGCCACCCCUGAACCCCACCUCCUGGUGGGCAGAUCUGAGGGCUCUGGCAAGAAAUCCUAGUUUCAUCCUGUCUUCCCUGGGCUUCACUGCUGUGGCCUUUGUCACGGGCUCCCUGGCUCUGUGGGCUCCGGCGUUCCUGCUGCGUUCCCGAGUGGUCCUCGGGGAGACUCCACCUUGCCUUCCCGGAGACUCCUGUUCUUCCUCUGACAGUCUCAUCUUUGGCUUCAUCACCUGCCUGACUGGAGUCCUGGGUGUGGGCCUGGGCGUGGAGAUCAGCCGCCGGCUCCGCCGCUCCAAUCCCCGCGCUGACCCCCUGGUGUGUGCUGCUGGCCUCUUGGGCUCCGCACCCUUCCUCUUCCUGUCCCUUGCCUGUGCCCGUGGUAGCAUUGUGGCCACCUAUAUUUUCAUCUUCAUUGGAGAGACCCUCCUGUCCAUGAACUGGGCCAUCGUGGCUGACAUUCUGCUGUACGUGGUGAUCCCCACCCGACGCUCCACCGCCGAGGCCUUCCAGAUCGUGCUGUCCCACCUGCUGGGCGACGCUGGGAGCCCCUACCUCAUCGGCCUGGCCUGCUGCGUGAGGCAGGGCCCACAGAUGACCGGAUCGUGGUGCCCCAGCGGGGCCGCUCCACCCGGGUGCCCGUGGCCAGCGUGCUCAUCUGAGAGGCCGCCGCUUGCCUGCCUGCACAUCUGCCGCAGCUGGCCCUGGGCCCACCCCACAAGGGGCCUGGGCCUAACCCCUUGGCCUGGCGCAGCUUCCAGAGGGACCCUCGGCCGUGUCCCAGUUCCCAGACACUACAUGGGCAGCUCAGAGGAGGAGGUGGGGGUCCAGCAGGGGAUCCCCCUCCACAGGGCAGCCCCGGGGGCUCGGUGCUAUUUGUUAUGGAAUAAAAUUUGUAGCCAGACCCCAGGUGCCUGCUCUAGUCUUUCUCUGGGUGGCCUCUGAUCUUGUGUCCCGCCUUCACCCCAGGGCUCCCGAAGUCUGUGGGUCACCCCUUGGGGCUCUGAGUGAGUCUCUGCCCUUCUGGGCUGGGUGACUGAGAGCGGGGACUGCUCUCCUCCGAGUGAGCUGGCUCGGUGUGACCGUGAGUCACGUCCCUGCUUCUCUGGAGCCUGCCCCUGGCCUCGCAGGCCUGGCUGACGUGGGGGUGGGCACUGCCUUCUGCACCCCAGAAUUCCUGCUGUCAG